UCCCUGCUGAUUUCGACUAUCUACCGCAGUCUUCUCCGUCAAACGAGAGUAGCUAUACAUCAGCCUUCAUCUUCAACAUGAGAACAAUCGUCGCCCUCUGCGCCCUCGUGGCGGUCGCCCUCGCGGCACCCCCUGAAACCAGACACGACUACAGCCAGACUGUGCUCGUGAAGGAGACGCCGCUGGACAACAUCGGCCUCGACGGAUACCAGUUCGGUUACGAGCUCUCCGACGGCCAGACCCACCAGGAAUCCGGCCAGCUGCAGAACCCCGGCCAGGAGAACGAGGCCCUCGUCGUCCGCGGUAGCUACAGUUACGUCGACCCGGAGACCAACGUCAGAUACACCGUCAACUACGUCGCCGACGAGAACGGAUUCCAUCCCGAGGGAGCGCAUCUGCCGACCGUCUAAAUUUAUUAAUCACGACCAACGAGAGAUACUGAAGUCGAUAUGAAAAACAAAAAAAAAACGACCAGCUUUGGAUACAUUUUCCUGAUCACCAAAAUCGGCCCGAAGGACAAUUGAAGAGUACAUGGCAUUCUCGGCAGCUGUUUCGAACCGUCUAAUAUCUGCAUAAUUAGCUUAUAAAAUUCAGUAUUAAAUUCACAUUUAUUAUGUGCAGAUGCUUCGUAGAUGAACAUACUGCAAUUUAUGAUGUAACAUCGUAUGUAUAACUGCGAAGUAUUUUUUCCCCAUAGUUAUUAUCCGCAUGGAUGAUCAAGUACGGAUGAGAGCGAUGCAGGUUUUAAAUUUAAAAAAAAA